AUGCAAACGACACAGAGCAAUGCAUUGGGAUUUCAACCUCAGAAAGACAUCGUAUACAACAAACUUCUCCCAUAUGCUGAUAGAUUAGAUGAAGAGUCCAAUGAUGUUUUGAGCAAAAUUAAAGGUAAUUUGGCUCGAGCCGUACAGCUUAGAGAAAUAUGGCCCGGUGUAUUGUUCUGGACAAGGAAACUUUCCACGUACAUGCGAUUGUAUGGCCGGAAAUUCAGCAAAGAAGAUCAUGUACUCUUCAUCAAGUUGCUCUAUGAGAUUGUGACCAUCCCCAAACUGGAGAUUAGUAUGAUGCAAGGCUUUUCUCGCCUUCUCAUCAACCUCCUGAAGAAAAAAGAGCUUCUAUCAAGGGAGGACCUUGAAUUGCCAUGGAGACCCCUCUACGAGCUACAUGACAGGAUUCUGUAUUCCAAAACUGAACAUCUGGGUCUCAACUGGUUUCCUAAUUCUCCUCGACCUCGUACAUCCUCUAAAAACGUAAUGCUAAAAUUGGUUCGGAGGUGCUCUGUGGAAAAUGUGAUCAGAGCACUGGUGAAAAACUGCAGACCGUAUUUUUCUGACUCAGCCACUCAGGAGAUGUUGUGUGAGUGGAGACCUCUUCUAUGUCCAUUUGAUGUCACAAUGCAGAGAGCAAUCAGUUACUUUGAGCUAUUUUUGCCAACAACUCUCCCCCCAGAGCUGCAUGACAAGGGUUUCAAGUUGUGGUUUGAGGAGAUGCUGAGCUUAUGGCUGUCUGUUCAGAAUCUUCCAAGCUGGGAAGUGCAUCUGGUUAGUCUCUUUGCUCGUCUGGCUAAUGACAGCAUUGGCUACAUUGACUGGACUCCCUAUAUUUCCAAGAUUUUUACUAGAAUUUUGAGAAGUUUGAAUCUUCCAGUUGGAACCAGUCAGAUGAUGGUACCACGAUACAUCACCAAUGCAUACGACAUAAAUCAUGCUGUGUUGUGGGUUUCUGCCUUAUUGGGUGGACCCAACAAAGAGGCGCAAGGUCAGCUCAAUGGCCUUUUCAAAAGUAUCACAUCUUUCUUUCAUCCUUCAAACCAUGGUCGGUGGUUGAUGAAGCUGAUGAAACUGCUACAUAGACUUCCUGCAAGUGUUGUUCGCAGGCUGCACAGGGAGCGUUUCAGAAAGCCCACUUGGCUCACACCGAUACCCGACAGCCACAAACUCACAGAGCAGGAUAUCACAGAGUUUGUCAAUAGUAUGAUGGAGCCUGUUUUACUUGCUAUGUUCAGCAAAACGGGCAGUCUUGAUGCUGCAAAAGCAUUGCAAAACCUUGCUCUGAUGCGACCCGAGUUGGUCAUUCCACCGGUGCUGGAAAAGACGUACCCCGCUCUGGAGACUCUGACGGAGCCGCAUCAGCUCACUGCUACCUUGAGUUGCAUGAUUGGAGUGGCUCGCAGCCUGGUUUCAGGGGGUCGCUUCUUUCCCGAGGGGCCAACUCAUAUGCUCCCCCUGCUCAUGCGGGCUCUGCCUGGGGUGGACCCUAAUGAUUUCAGCAAGUGCAUGAUCACGUUUCAAUUUAUUGCUACAUUUGUGACCUUAGUGCCUUUAGUUGACUGCUCCUUUGCCCUUCAUGAAAGAACAGACUUAACAGAGAUUGAACGCGAGAUGUGCUCUGCUUCUGCAGAGUUUGAAGAUUUUGUCCUACAGUUCAUGGACAGAUGUUUUGCCCUAAUAGAUAGCAGCACUCUGGAACAAACCCGAGAAGAAACAGAAACGGAAAAGAUGACUCAUCUUGAAAGUCUAGUGGAACUAGGCCUGUCAUCAACGUUUAGCACAAUCCUGACACAGUGCUCUCUGGACAUUUUCAAGGUGGCUUUGGAGAAGGUGUUCAAUUUUGCGACCACCAACAUCUUUGAAACACGCGUAUCUGGAAGGAUGGUUGCUGACAUGUGCAGAGCUGCGUCUAAAUGUCACCCAGCUGAGGCACUCAAAAUAUUUGUUCCACACUGCUGCAACGCUAUCAACCAAAUUGCAGUUCAUGAGGAAGUCCUCCAGGAGGAAGAGCUCGACAAAGAGUUACUGUGGAAUCUUCAGCUCUUGUCUGAGGUGACCCGAGUAGAUGGAGACAAGGUUUUGCCUUAUCGUUCUGAACUGGUGCAGAUUUUGCAGCUGACCCUCCACCUCAAGUGCAAGCAAGGCUAUACGUUAGCAUGCAACCUGCUACACCACAUUCUCCGCUCCUCUGUUCUCAUCUAUCCCACUGAGUAUUGUAGUGUGCCUGGAGGCUUUCACCAACCCAUCAGUGACUAUCUGCCUAUUAAGGAUUGGGGUCGACCUGGGGAUCUGUGGAACUUGGACAUCCGGUGGCAUGUGCCUAGCGUUGAGGAGACUUCAUUUGCUUUUUACCUUUUGGACCUUAUACUCCAGCCGGAACUUCAGCGCCUUCAGAGAUUUGCCCAGGGGGAACAGGAUUUGAGCAGAGAUGAUGUCCUUCAGAGCCUGACCAUUGUCCAACAUUGCCUCUUAGGAGCAGGAAGUCUCAUGCCACCUUUAAAAGGAGAACCCAUCCCUGACUUGGUUCAGAGCUUGGUGAACCUAAAUGAAACCACAUUUUAUACAGGCAUGGAGUAUGAUCACUCCAGAGAGAACUACAGAGAUGCAAUCUGUCGUGUGAUGAGACAGUUGAUUCAUUACAUUUUGGAGCACACUGAAGAUGACACAAAGUCACUGUUUUCCAUCAUCAAAAUCAUCAGUGAUUUGUUGCACUUCAAAGGUUCACACAAGCAUGAGUUUGAUUCCCGGUGGAAAAGCUUCAACCUGGUCAAAAAAUCAAUGGAAAAUAGACUUCACCUCAGAAAGCAGCACAUAAGGGCACUGCUAAUAGAUCGAGUUAUGCUUCAACAUGAAUUACGAAAGCUGACAGUGGAGGGUUGUCAAUACAGAAGUAUUCACCAAGAUCUGAUGAAAGAUUUGCUAAGACUUUCCACAAGCACCUACAGCCAAGUCCGAAACAGAGCUCAAACUGUUCUCUUCACUGCACUGGGGACCUAUAACUUCUGCUGUCGGGAUCUUAUCCCUCAUGUUUUGCAGUUUCUCAACCCAGACAACAGCACUGUUACUCAGCAGCAGUUCAAAGGUGCUCUGUACUGCCUUCUUGGUAAUCAUAAUGGUGUAUGCCUUGCCAAUCUACAUGACUGGGAUUGUAUUUCUUUGACAUGGCCCGCUAUUGUGCGGUCUGGCCUCAGCUCGGCUAUGUCCCUGGAAAAGCCUUCCAUUGUCCGACUGUUUGAUGACCUAGCAGAUAAAAUCCAUCGCCAAUAUGAGACAAUUGGCAUUGACUUUGCUAUUCCCUCUGAGUGUUGUGCUGUGGCCAAGCAGCUUAUGGUUGCGGCCGCCCCAGUCCCGUCUGAGCCUGUCCCAACUGCCAACAAUGUAGCAGAAGCUUUGCAGAAACAAGAAUACAAGAACACUGAGUCUGUGCAGAAAUACGAUCAACUCAUUGUUGAUCUGCUGGACAACUUAAGCAAUAGAAACUUGCCUUGGAAAUUUGAACACAUUGCAAUUGGGUUUUUGUCAUUGCUGUUGAGAGAUGACAAUCAACUCCCACCAGCUGCCAUCACUUUCUUUGUGAAAAGUCUCAAUCAUGACUCGCUCUAUGUUCGCAAGGUGGCUAUAUCAGCUGUUGCAGGAAUCAUGAAGCAAAUUAAGAGACCACAUAAGAAAAUCUCCAUCAGUUCAUCCAAGUUUUGUGAAAUCAAGGACUCUGAUAGUAUUGUAGCAGGAGACCGGCCUGAUAACAAGUGGCUUCAGUACGACAGCAGCAGUUUGCCGCGCACACAGGAGGCCUGGGACAAGUGUGUGUUUAUGGAAAAGACACACUGGGGAUACUAUUGUUGGCCAAAGAAUCUGACAAUAUAUGCACCAUCUGAAGAGCAGCCCAAACAAGACCUUUCUAGAGAGGAAAUGACUGAGCGAGAACAGAUAAUAUAUGAGCAUUUCACAGACGCAGCCUUCAUCAAUCAGUUUAUAGAAUUUCUAUCUCUGGAAGACCGGAAGGGCAAGGACACAUUCAGCCCUCGCAGAUUUUGUUUGUUCAAAGGUUUAUUCCGCAACUUUCAUGAUGCCUUUCUGCCGCUAUUGCAGCCACACAUGGAGCGUCUUGUUGCAGACUCUCAUGAGAGCAAACAGCGCUGUGUGGCAGAGAUCAUCUCUGGUUUGAUCAGAGGCUGUAAACACUGGAGUUAUCCAAAGGUUGAGAAACUGUGGACAAUGUUGUGUCCUAUACUACGUACUGCUCUGUCAAACAUCACCAUAGAAACCUAUGCAGAUUGGGGCACUUGCAUUGCAACAGCUUGCGAGAGCAGAGACCCACGAAAGUUAUACUGGCUGUUUGAGAUGCUCAUGGAAUCUCCUGUAAAUGGAGAAGGCGGGUCCUUUGUGGAUGCCUGUCGCCUGUAUGUGCUGCAAGGAGGACUUGCUCAGCAGGAGUGGCGCGUUCCCGAACUCCUUCACAGGUUGCUCCAAUAUCUAGAGCCGAAACUGACACAAGUCUACAAAAAUGUGCGGGAAAGAAUUGGCAGUGUUCUCACUUACAUCUUCAUGAUUGAUGUGAAUCUGCCUUUCACCAAACCUACCAUGUCCCCUCGCAUUUGUGAUUUUACUGAGAGGGUUUUGUUGCGGCUGAAGCCACUGACUGAAAACGAUGAAGAAAUACAAAAUCACGUGAUUGAAGAGAAUGAGGUUGAGGAGCAAGAUGAAAGGACACAAGCCAUAAAACUACUUAAAACAGUGCUGAAAUGGCUAAAGGCAAGUGCUGGGCGGUCAUUCUCUACUGCUGUUUCAGAACAGCUACAAUUUCUUCCUUUGCUCUUCAAGAUUGCUCCAGUUGAGAAUGAUGAUAGCUAUGAUGAGCUAAAACGUGAUGCAAAAACAUGCUUGUCUCUGAUGUCCCAAGGGCUGCUGUACGCAGAGCAGAUCCCCAUGGUUCUAAGUGUGUUGAGGGAGAUUGCUGGCAGCAAUUCCUGGCAUGCUCGAUACACUGUACUGACAUAUCUUCAAAUUAUGGUUUUCUACAAUCUGUUCACGGUCAUGAAUGACGAGGAGAUUGUGAACAAUAUCCGAGCCCUGGUGAUUAAGCUUCUGGAGGAUGAACAACUGGAGGUUAGAGAAAUGGCUGCAACAACACUCAGUGGCUUUCUACAGUGCAAUUUUCUUUCUAUGGAUUGCCCAAUGCAAGCUCAUUUUGAAGCUCUCUGUAAAACACGAUUGCCUAAAAAGAGGAAACGGGAACUUGGUGCUUUGGUGGACCCAAUCCCUUCAGCUGACCUGGUACGGCGCCAUGCUGGUGUCCUUGGGCUGAGUGCAUGUAUACUCUCCAGCCCAUAUGAUGUCCCCACCUGGAUGCCUCAGCUGUUAAUGGACUUGAGUGCUCACUUGAAUGAUACCCAACCCAUAGAGAUGACUGUAAAGAAAACCCUGUCAAACUUCAGACGAACACAUCACGACAACUGGCAGCAGCAUAAGCAGCAGUUCACAGAUGAUCAGCUUCUUGUUCUGACUGAUCUGCUUGUGUCUCCUUGUUAUUAUGCCUAA